UUGAAGCUCCGAUAGGCUGGCCGAUAUUUUGGGGCGAUAUCAAAAUAGGUGCCAUCCCUAUGGUGGCAUGCACACCUCUAGGAGCAGACAUUUGUCAUUUCAUUCCCAUUUUGAAUUCCCAACACGCCACACGCCACCGAAAAAAAAAAAAAAUGUCAGGCAUGAUGUUCGAACAUACGUUUCAGGCAUAUCUGGAAAAUGUGCCAAGGUUCCAAUAUCCACUUUCGCAACUAGGCUUUGACUCUAAAGAGAUUUCCGAGAAGAUAUGUGAAGUGUUCCACGAUAUAAACUCUGAUUUUCGGGCCAAUAUACUGAAUUUGAAGGAAACUUGUACUACGCAUAAGGAUCAUAAACUCUACAAGUUUGGGCUGCUGCUGCAAAUGCCAUUUAAGGUAACUGCGACUGAAGGACGCUACGUGCAAGGCACGCUGUCGCACGACCUGAAGGCUGAUGUAAAGCAUCCGGUAGUAAAAGGCGGAAAGGUUGAUCCCCAGUUGUUGUUGAAAUCGUUCGAAAAGAGCUACAAGAAAGCUCUUGGCCACAUUGGUCAGCUAAAGACGGAGAGUGGCAAGAGCUACACCUUCAAGCUUACUUCUGGAUAUGCUGACGGCAGGGCAGUAUUUGAAAUGAACACCUUCGAUGCGGGCGUAAAGGUUGAGAAUCUUCUUUUCAAGUUUCCACUUGCGUAUAUAUUUGAGGCCGAUCCCAACAUAUAUGUGGGCACCAGGCGCCACUUCGCGGCAUUCGAGCUGACACGUGAGCAUGGAAUCAGGAUCUCUACACGCAAAGUGCUGGAUUUUUUGAUGCUUCUAACACAAAUCUUAGACAUACCCGCUCGCCAAAUGGAAGACAUCUACCAUGGAUAUUUAGAUGUAUGUAGCCCUCACAAUAAGACUCUUUUCCGGAUUACAUGGGAGGCACUUCUUCUCAUCAAUCACACCCUCAAGCAUCCCGAUGUGUUGCGAGUCUUGCUGUUCCAGCUAGUACAUUAUCGGAAAACGAACAGUGUCGACCUGGCUGCAUUUUCGACCUUCUUUGCUGGCUUCAUCGCGAUGCAUAAGCGUGUUGAAGAGGUGGAGGAAGAGCUGGAUGGUUCAACUACUUCCUAAGUUUUGUAUUUAUAAGCAGGAUUUGUUGUAGCCCCUUUGGGGGCUCUCUUCCGCAUAGAGCGGAGACAAAUCCCCUGAAGAUCCGUGAACAGCGAAUGUCGAAGAGUUUGAAUGCAGCUUUUUGGUGUACUUUAAAGGAAUAUUUUCGUUUAUUUUUAUCGAAUACAUUGAAAUGCAUACACGAGUUUGGUUUUCCUCAAAAUGUGGAUUUUCUUGUUGUGUUUUUUGCUUGUUUUUUUUGUCGUUUUUGUUUUCUCUUUAUAUAUUACUUUGUAUUUGUUUAAAUAAAUAAGAUACAUACGUCGUUUAAUCAUAAUAGCAGUAUUUAUCGUGCAAAUUUGAUAAGCAUUAAUAAUGGUUUACGAAU